UUCUAAUUGGCAGAAUUGGAGCUGAAACAGGGGCAGAAGAACAUGGAGGUGCAUUUUGCCUCAAAUCCCUACCAUAUCCUACACAUGAAGGUGCCAAAGGAGUUCCACCCCAGAGUGAGGAAUCUUCUGAAAAUGAUGUAUCAGAAAUCGAUGCUCCAGAGCUAAAUGGUGGCUCACCACAAGAUGGAGGCAGCAAGAAAGUUCUGUUUCACAUCAGACCCUUGCCCAUCAACCAGGGAAAACAGUUUUCUUGCGUCACAGUAGAUCAGAUCUUGGCCCGGAUGGAGGAGAAGCAAAAUGAGAACAAGAGGCAAAAAGAGGCGGCAUCCAAAGCAGAGUCUUCUAUGGCCCCCUGGGGAUUAAAGUACAGGGGCAUCGGGGGGUUGACGUCUCCCAAAAUGCUGAGCGCGGCCCCCUUCACUCUUCUGAAGAGCAAGAAAGAGGAACACGAAGGAGACCUGCCCAGCGUGACCACAUUGAAGAGUUACCCAGAGAUAGCAGAAAGUUUAGUGGAGAAAGUGCCCACCAGUUCAGAGUUCUUAAACUUCUCCGCCAGCCCGGAUGAGCCCGUCCCGACCAGUCCAUCACAGGCUAAGAGAGCCGAGGCAGACGUCCCGGGUAGAAUCUCACUGAACGGUGGUGGAUUUCUUCUCACACCACCUGCACAGAAUCCAGAUAUAUCACCUUUGGUUGAACAAGAUGUUCCAUCAAUACCAGCAAAUCAAGAGAUGCGCUCUGGAGAUGAAGCACCUCAAAUCCAAGACCAAGCAAAGCCUGUGGAUACUCAAGGCUCUGAGCUGACUUUGACUUUCGGUGAGAAACGAACAUCUUUUACUACCGAAGAACAUCAACCUUCUCCAGUCAAAGAACAGACUAAUCCAGAAAGCCAUGCAAAUUUUCCUGUGGUGCUGAAAGAAGAACCAGUAUCAAAAGUUGAUGAACAUGAAGGGGUUCAGAGUGAAGAAGAGUUGGAACGCAAAGAUGGUGAUAGGGAGAAAGAAGAAGAGGAGGAGGAGGAGUAUGUUCAAAAAGAGGGGCACAUUGAAGGAGAGCAGGAGGAAAUGGUGGAGGAGUAUGAUAAAAAAUAUGCAGAAGAUGGAUUUAUCUCUCAGCCAUUGGCAGAGCUGAAGAAUGUUGACCAGAGAAACUUCCACCUACCAGAUACUGUAAUAGGGAGUGACUCUGUAAUCAAAAGAGGUACAGAAGAAAGUUCAGAAAUGGCUGCUGAAGUGGGCAAAACAGCAUUAGAGACCAUCGGUGGAGAGCAAACCAGUUUAACACAAAAUGGAUCAAAAGGGUUUGAAGGUAUCAGCUCACAUGAUGGACUGUUUCAAAGAUGUGAUACUGUCCAUCUUCCCAAGCCAGAGCAUGUAACUGGCCAGGAGCAGAGUCUUCAAGGCAUAAAAACCAAGCAUCCGCCUAUCAUGAGUGAGAAUGAGGGUCUUUUGAAUUUGGAACCUCUAGAUCAGAAAGAUCAUUAUUUGUCGGAAAUGCAGACAAUAAAUAAAGCAGAAGCCAAACCUCUGGCCGAGGAUCAGGAGUCCUUGAUGGAUCCGAAAGCUUUUAUUCAAACUGAAGAUGAACGCAUGCAGUUUUCAGAUGAGAAAAAGCUCCUCACUGUAGACACAGAAGAGCUUGACACUUUAGAAGUGCAGCCAUUGAAUCAGGGAGAUGUUCAAGUCCACUCUUCAGUCAUAGAGGAGCAAGACUUAGUGGGCACAAGAAUCUUUGAUCAGAAGGAAGUGCAGUCUUCUGUCCUACGGGAAGAGGGUUUUCAGAGUAUGGAGGUUCUUGAGCAGAAGAUGGCUCAAUCUCCGGUGACAAGCGAUCAGAGUUUCGGAGAUUUUGAAGCUCUCAAUGAUAGGAAGGCUCAAUCUUCCAUUUUAGAGAAAAAAGGUUUAAUAAAUCUGGAGCCUCAGCUGAAAAAUGAAAUUCAGUUGCUAGCUGUAGAAAAGCAGAGUUUGGUUGACUUGGAUAUAGUGGAUCAAAGGGAAUUUGAUGUUCCAGCCUCAUCUAAGCAGACGCUGUUGGACUUGGAAAGGGCAAAUCAGAAAAGGAUUCAGUCUGAUAGACAGAUAGAUUUGGUGUGCUUUGAUCAAAAUGAUUUUGACUCUAAUGUUACUGAGAAGCAAAGUUUAGUUGAUUUGGAACUUCUAGAUAAGAAACAAUCCUAUCCUCCAAUCACAGAGAAGCACACUUUGGUGAAUUUAGAGACUUUUCACCAGAUGGAAAGUCAACCGCUGGUAACGGAAACUAACAUUUCGGAGAGCCUGGAACCUCCGUAUCAGACGAAGAGUCAAUCACCUGUUACAGAGAAGCCUGAAUCUCUGGUUCAAAAAGAAAUUAGCCUUCAGAGCUUGAUUGACUUUGAACUCACAGAUCAGAAGUUUUCCUUCCAAGAAGAACAUAGUUGCAUUGAUAUGAAACCAAUUGAUCAAAACAAACUUCAUUCUACAGACACACAGAAGCAAAGCAUUUUGGAACUGGAGUCACUGGGUGAGGGAGAUAUUCGAGAUUUAGCACCCAAAAAACACAUAUUGAGCAACUCUGAGAAUUCAAUUAUAGAGCAGCAGAGUUUGUUAGACAUGGAAUGUGGAAACCAGAAAGUUACAGAGAAGCAUAACCUCUUGGACCUCUUGGAGCCUUUAGAUGCAACAGAAGUUCAGUCUCCAGUCAAAGAGCAUAAUUUGGUGGACUUUGAGCCUGUGGAUCAAAAGGAGCAUCUGGUGGUGAUGGAGCCUCUGAAUCAAACAGAGUUUCAGGCUCCCGUUAUGGAGGAGAGCCCCUUGCUGAAUCUUGGGAAUCUGGAACACAGCAACAUCCAAUCUCCAUUCAAACAACGGAGUUUGGUUCAAUUGGAUGGUACUAAACUAAAACCGCUGGAUCCUCUAGAUAGUGAGCCUCUGGGACAAACCGAUUUUCAGGCAGAUAAGGUUAGUUUGAUGGACUUGGAGAAUCUGGAACCGAUGAAAAUUCAGCCUCAGGUCAGUAAUGCCCAGAGUUGGGUGGACUUGGAGCCUGCGAGUCACACACAUUCCCCAUCUCAUAUGAGAGAAAAAGAUCAUUUAGAGGACAUUGAACAUCAGGAUCAUAUGAAGGUUCAGUUUCCAGUUGUAGAUAAUGGUGUUUUGGUGGAAUUAGAGGACCAGGGUGAGGAUGUUGACCAACUCUCAUUCAUAAGGGAGCAGAGUUUAUUGGAUGUGAAAGCUGUAGAUGAGAAAUAUCACCCUAUAGUGGAAGAGAAGGAAAGUGCGAGGGAGCAGAAUGUUGAAAGUUUAACAGAAAGCAAGCACCUUCUUAAAACAGAAUUUCAUUCUAUUGUCAAGGAAGAAUCUGGAGAUGUCAACCAAAAAGAAAGCUCAUUUAUAAGUAUAGAUGAAGGAGCUGAGGAGGUUAGGGAUGGGAGUCCAGUGGAAUGCUGUACCGAUGUGGACCUUCAGUUUGCCUCUCUGGGGCAGAAGGUUAAAGAUUUAAAUGAGGAAGGGUUGAGGUUGAGCGCAGAGAGUUUUUCAGAUCCUGACGUUAAACCCAAUACUCUAAACCACAGCCUUAUCACAGAAGAAACAUCAAUACAUGACUCAAGCCAUGUGUCACCUCUAGAUGUUCAAGAAACAGACCUGUAUCAUCCAAGUCACAAAACGGCUAUAGAAUCAGAUGGCAGGAGGGAGUCAGACCAGAACCCCAUCCUUUCAAAUACAGUUGUAGGACUACAAAGGGAUCUGGAUCGUAGAGCUGUCACAGGAGAGAGCAAUCUUGGUAAUGACGUGACAAAUGGCACAAGAGAUGUUUUUGGGGAAACAACCUUAGAGAAUGUGAGAGAUUCCAAUUUUGGUAGCACAUUUGGAAGUCAGCAGAACAAUGAAGAUAAAUACAUGGAUGUAGAAUUUAUGGAUGAGAACUGCAUGGACAGAGAAAUUUCUACUCCAUCUUCUGCCAUGAGUACAUCAAGAGAUACGCAUGGAAUAUUUCCAUUUAAAGAAGGAUCAAUAUGCCCCAGCAUUGUAGGAGAGGCUCACCCUAAACUAUCUGAAGGACCUAGUGACAUAGAUUUCAAGCACCGUUUAAUGGAAGAGAGUGACAUGAAAACUCCAGAAGUAGAAGUGAAGAGUAGCAAUCAAGAAUCGGGGAUAGAAGUCUUGCAGAGUUCCCAGAGUGGACCUUUAGUUUCCGAACAAGAUUCCUAUUACCAUACCCCACAAAAGUUGGUCAAAGAAGUGGCAGAUCCACCAGUGGACAUUGGUACAAGUGUAGCUGUUUGUAAUCUGGAUAAGCCAGCACAAGAACUCGAGAACAAAGAGGAGAAGGUGGAGGAGGCAGAGGAGAGGAGGGAAUUGGAAGAGGAUGAAAAGGCUUCUAUUCAACAUCAGACUUCCUCGUCCAUCAAACCACUCCUUGAAGAGCAAGCUGAGAAUAACAGGGAGAGUUCCAGUCCAGCUAUAGAAGCGAUGGUCCCUGAUGGUCGAUGGUCAGAGAUGGAGGUGCCAUCCAACACGAGUACUCCACCGGCCCCACCGCCUGCGUCAAGCAAGCCUAAGCAUUUCAGUUCAGGCAGUGACUCCUUGAACUUUGAUCCCGGUCUCAGUCCAAUCAAUCUAGUGGAUGAACUUUUUGUUGGGGAUGACUGGUCCCAGUUUCUACCUGAGAAAAAGGAGCUUGUAUCUGUUAAAAGCUGUCCUGCAGUGGCUGAAGAAAAAGAAGAAGAGGAGGAAGAAGAGACUCUAGGCCCAGACACCACUGACCAAUCGUUCCAUGGCAUUCCUGAAUACGAAAUGAAGAGAAGCAGAAGUGGCAGCAGCUGCAGCAGCGAUCACCCCCAGUCAUUAGAAGUGGACGAGAGUGAGCAGAGCCCAUUGGAGGACCUGGAGGGAAUGAAACAAGAACCCUCUGAAAUGGAAGAGGAAAGAGAAGCCAACACAGAUGAUGAAGAAGGUGAAGAAGAAGAGAGAUCUUCUAUGGAUCACAUCCCAGAUCCAGAGGCUGAUAAUAAUCAAUCUGAGACCCUGAUCGAAACAAUGGAGGACACCAGUCAUCCAGAAGAAGAAGAAGAAAUACUCUCGCCAGUUAGCCCCGAUGCAGAAGUUACUCCUUCUCUUCCUCCUCUGGACUUGUCAUCAAUUGAGCGUUCAGAGAUGUUGGACAACUCUGUGUACAGAAAUCGAGCCAACCUGAACAGAAAACGGGGCCACCGGGCCCCAGUUCAAGUGCCGAGGAACUGCCGGGAAGAUCGAGAGGCGGAGAAUGAAAGCGACUGGAUGUUUCGAGAUUCCACUGAGCCUCGAGCAGCUGCUGAAGCCGCUCCCACCAAUAAUGACGAUGAGAAUGGCGACGAAGGGGAUGGCCGGGAUGUAAAAUGUGCACGACUUGAGUCGUCACCGGUGAAAGGCAGUCCGGCCCGCUCACCCAUCUCUCCUGCAGGCCGGGUUCAGCUAUUCCCUGGGGUUGAUGCCUCCACGCUGCAGGAGAAGCUGAAAUUCCCCAAAAAGUCUGGGGAUGCUUGUGAUGCGGCAUCUAGUGAAAAAGCCGGGGCCAGUGAUGAGGAUGCACUAUCGCCUUCCAAAACAUCCCCGGGUGGUAAAACCAAAUUAGGAAAGUUUCCAGGCUUCAGUAAGGACAUUUUCAAGAGGGUGCUGCCGAAAAAGGCUGCCAAGACCGAGGGAGCUGAGACUGCAGCAUCCAACUGGCUGCAAGUCUUGAAGAUGAAGAAGAAGAAUCCCAAAUAAAACAGAUCAGGGGCUGCAUCCUGCUUACUAAAGAUGAGCCUAAACCUGGUCAUUCAGAUGCAGUUUUGCGCAGAGGAGGGCCAGUGCCGGAGCCAGCAUCGAUUUUCAACUCACUUUUAUCAUUUCCGGCUUGAGUGACUGGCCAUUGGGGGGCACGUGAAGCUGCAGACGGGUACACAGAAACUCAAUCUGCUUGAUUUGCCACCCAGGGAAACACCUUGGAUCUAUUUUGGUUUUUUUUUUUAAUUUGAUGCAAUCGAGAGAGAAACAAUAUUAUGAAUAGGAGAAAAUGCAUUGAAAGAGGGCUGCGCUUCAUGAUGAGAUACGACAAGCGGGGCACUCGACAAGCGGACAACUGAGGACGCUUUUUAUAACAUUUUGUUCCUAAGCUUCUGACUUUGCAGUUUGCUAUGUAUAUUCACACAUAUUCAGCUCAUUUUUUUUUAUUUUUUUGCAAAUAUGAUGCUAUACCACCAAAGUGACCAAAGCACGUAUGUCAAUAAACGAAUGUGCACAUCUGCUGAACUGGGUGUCUCCCAUUCAGGAAAAGAAUGUAAAUGUUUAUGUAUAUAUUUGUGAUAAAGGGGGAGGAAUAAACAAGCACUGAUAGGUUUUCUGGACAAAUCUAGAAAUAAGAUGGUUAAAGUCACUUCCAAAUGUUAUUUUCCACCAUCCAUAACUUCUUCUCAGUGGUCAGUUUUCUUCCUCAGCCACAAUUGUCCCAAGGUGACUGAGGAGUUGUCUCCACUGACACAACGCAGACAUUUUCUUUAUCCUUCCCGUCUGAUCAGUUAAGCUUUCCUUUGUCUUGUUGCUGCAGAAUGAGCUCAGGCAUUGGUCUUUUAUUACAUUGGAGCAUAAGAAAUUUGCCAAACAAGAGGUGACCCUUCAGU